AGACUUGAGAGUCCAUCCAAAGAGCACUUAGGGGGCCAAACUGGCACAUCUGCUGCUUCCGUGUGUGGGCAUUGGAGUCAUCCGCUUGCAAGGCAAAGGUGUCUCUGCAACCAUGGAUGAUACAAGAACUUUACUUGACGUUAAAGAGUACCCCGAUACCGAGGUACAGAAAGACCGAGUAUUGACUCUGGAAGAAUGGCAAGAAAAGUGGGUGAGCCGCAAAAUUGGAUUCCAUCAAGAGCAAGGACAUCAGCUAUUAAAGAAGCAUUUGGAUACUUUCCUUAAGGGCGAGAAUGGACUGAGAGUAUUUUUUCCUCUUUGUGGAAAAGCAGUUGAGAUGAAAUGGUUUGCAGACCUAGGACACAGUGUCGUAGGUGUGGAAAUCAGUGAACUUGGGAUACGGGAAUUUUUUACAGAGCAGAAUCUUUCUUACUCAGAAGAACCCAUCAUGGAAAUUCCUGGAGCCAAAGUUUUCAAGAGCUGUAAAGGGAACAUUUCGUUGUACUGUUGCAACCUUUUUGAUCUUCCCAGAGCCAAUAUUGGCAAAUUUGACCGGAUCUGGGACAGAGGAGCUUUAGUUGCUAUUAACCCAGGCGAUCGUGAACGGUAUGCAGAUAUAAUGCUGUCCCUAACUCGAAAAGGGUUUCAGUACCUCUUGGCUGUUCUUUCUUAUGAUCCCACUAAACACGCAGCUCAGACUACAGAAGAGAGGGAGACAUGGAUGGCCCUAAUAUAAAAGAGAAGUCUCAUGAGCUCUGGAGUAGGAGGAAGAGAGGCUGGUUGCCCUGCUUUGAAUAUAGCAUAUACGCUUCAUCCAUGCUGGUGGGGAUGUGUUAGGUGCAUGCCUACAAAUACGCACACAGACACACCCUCAUAGGACGAUGGGUGACACGUGGAUGUGGGGCAAUAGGAGGUGUGCUGAAAUAUCUCUAAACUAUUAUGGCUUUUUAAUUUCUGAAAUUUUACAAUUUAUUGCAUUCUUUAAGAAUGAUCUUUGUUUUGAACUUAUCAAAGCGUUGUUUUCUUCUGGACUCCUUUCGAUGUGCUUGAACAUUGUAAGCUUAACCUUGUCCAUGACUGAACUUUUAUUUUCAGGAAGAAGUGAAAACCAAAUAUAUAGACUUUUAUUGUAAAAUAAUCCCCUUUUUGAUUUUUAACAGAGUUUUUUUUUUAAGUAUGGCGUUUUAUAAAUAAUUACAUAUGCUAGUUUUUUUCCUGUUUGAGUAAAUCAGAUCUUAAAAUCUCAUUAAAAGAUGAGACCUAGUGUCCAUAAUUAAGUCUGGAACAAUCAGAUGGAACUAGAAAUUAAUGGAGACAGACCUCAGCUCUGCUAAUCUGAUUUAAAUUCCAUUCCUGCACAGGAAGCUUAAGGCAGGGCUUGUGGGCAGAAAAUACAACAGGCUCUGCCUGGGGCUGGAAUUCAGAAUACUUCUUGAAAGGAGCAGAAGCUAAAUUUCCUUUAAAGUAAAUGGCCUGCAGCAAAGUGGGAGGGAUGUAUAGAGAGUGAGUGCAGGAGUCAUGGGAAAUCGAUACUCCAGAAGAUGAAGGAAAUGCCAAGGAAUUUGUUAAUGAACUUCAUUCUGAUUUUAAAAUUCCCAAGUUCCGAAAACUGGACAGCAACAUGCAAAAGAAUGAAACUAGACCA